CUUUAAGUCAAAGUUACAUCAGAAGAUWAACAGUCAACAUGCUCAAGAUUACACACCUUUUUUUACUUUUUUUCAUAUUACGAUUUGCCGCUUCUGAUGACUUACCAACUCUUUACCAAUACUACACCACUGAUGGAAUUUCCUCUGGUUUAUCAGUCGACCAACCUUACUUCACUCUAAACGGCAAAAACAUUACCAUUUACAGUGGUGCCAUGCACUACUUUCGGGUUCCCUCGGAAUACUGGCAAGACCGUCUCCGGAAACUAAGAGCAACCGGACUCAACACUGUCGAAACGUACGUUCCUUGGAACCUUCACGAAUUCAUGAACGGUACUUUUGAUUUUGGAGACGGCGGAAGCGACUAUCAGAGACUUUUAGACUUGGAACUCUUCCUGACUCUUGCAAAGAAAGAAGAUUUGUUUGUUAUCGCACGUCCGGGGCCUUAUAUUUGCGCAGAGUUUGAAUGGGGGGGUCUUCCUAGCUGGUUGUUACGCGAAGAAGGGAUUGUAGUGCGGUCGUCAGAUCCACUCUAUAUGAAAUACGUCAAACGAUACUUUGAUAAGUUAUUGCCGAUUCUUGCCAAGCACCAGUUUACCAAAGGAGGGCCUAUAAUUGCCGUGCAAGUGGAGAACGAAUACGCGUCAGUACCUAUGGAAAAGGAUCACGAGUAUUUGCAACAACUGGUCGAUAUCAUGCACGAUAACGGCAUUGUUGAGUUGUUGGUAACAUCGGAUGGCGCUGGUUUUGGUAAUGCUGGUACCCUUCCUGGGGUGCUUUUCCAAACGGUGAAUUUUGGAUCAGACGCUAAGGCUUCGUUCACAAAAUUGGAAGACAUGCAACCAAACAAGCCACUAAUGGCGAUGGAGUUUUACCCAGGAUGGUUCGACCAUUGGUCCGAAAGCCACCACACUGUUGGCAAUAGCACAUUUGAGAAGAAUUACGAAGAAGUUUUGGCUUAUCCAGCGUCGGUCAAUUUGUACAUGUUUCAUGGUGGUACCAAUUUUGGAUUUCUGAAUGGUGCCAAUGUUGGUUCUGGAGAUAAUUCCAAUUUCCAACCAACCACUACAAGCUACGACUAUGAUGCCCCUUUGUCGGAAGCUGGAGAUUAUACUGACAAAUACGAGAUUAUUCGAAACUUGAUAAAGAAGUACAAUCCGAUCCAGACAAAAACACCCGAUCCUCCGGAGUUGUAUGACCGCCAAGUUUAUCCAACUUUGGCAAUUGAGGAACAAUUGGAGUACAUAGAUACCAUAAGACAAGUUCGAUAUCGGAUUUUUACGACUUCUUACGAAUCGAUGGAGACUUUACCGGCGAUAAAUUCUAAUUCUGGGCAAAGUUACGGCUAUAUUAUCUACCGUUCUACACAAAUGAACAUUCCAGCAAAUUCAGUUUUGACCAUCACGGGUCAUGUUCGUGACACUGUGAUGAUUUUAAUAAAUGAUGUCUUAAUCUCAAAACCAUUAUCUAGCCUCGACGAUUUAAAUACCUUCGGCUACUGGAGACUCGACAAUUCGAACAUAACUCUAACAGAAACCGAUUUAGUUAACGCAACUUUGGAUAUAGUCAUAGAAAAUUAUGGACGUGCCAAUUAUGGCAAUUUCUAUCAUCAAUUUAAAGGUCUCACUCCAGAUAACAAAGUUUAUCUCAAUGAUGAAGAGUUACAACCUUGGCUAACUAUUCCUCUUGAAUUUCAAAAAUCUUAUAAUACGAAACUAACCGACUGGAAACCGGCUGAUGAAUUGAAGAAGGGACCAGGAUUGUAUAAAGCUAUUCUCAAUCUUGACAAUAAUGUUGACAGAUAUAAUGAUACGUAUAUUGAUAUGCAAGAGUGGAAGAAAGGGAUUGUGAUAGUUAAUGGAUUUGUCUUAGGGAGGUAUUCUUUCAUAGGGCCACAACAAGCACUUUACUUACCGGGAGCUUAUCUASAACAUGGAGACAACGAAAUUAUUAUUUUUGAACAGUUCCAACCGGCGGCWCAAGUGAAAUUUUCCAAGGACCAAAUAUACAAAAAUCCAUGAUUGUGGGUAUUUUUGGACUUUGCAAUGUAUUAUUUCAAGACCAAUUAAUUUUUAAUAUACAUAAGCCUUAAACGUU